GUGGCUCAUCAGUUCGGCGGACGACCGUGCGAGAGCGCCGUCGUGGUGGCGGCGGCGUGAUCGAUCCCUAUCGCUCUCGGUUCCGCGGCGGCAUUCGCGCGCCCGCACCCCCGACGAGCGGAACGUGCCGCAGUUGGAAACUCCUCCGAGGGAGAGAGCGAGAGAGAGAGAGAGAGAGAGCGUGCAACCCUGUCGUACUGGCGCGAGGGGCGUCACGGAUCGUCGCUGUCGUCGUGGCGAUGACGUCGCGCCGCCGACGUCCGGUGGCCGUAGCGACGUCGCCAGCCGCCGAGUAGUAAGGCCGCGCUACAGGCGCGACGACGCCAGCCGAGAGAGCCAGAGAGCUUGAAACGGCCUUCCGACGGCGCGUGGACGCGCGGCGGCAACGGCGGGGAAACCCCCUAUCGACCCUAUCCGCGGCGGCUGGCUAACCUUGCGCCCGUCUCUAGACGUCCUAUCUAUACGGCCAAGGUGCGUCUAUAAUAACGUUCCUCGCGCGCGUCCCGAUUCGAGAUUUCUUCGUGAGAUAUAUUCGUGCAUUCAGAGAGGCCUGCUGCCGCUCGUGCGUGCGUGCGUGCGUGCGUGCGUGCAUGCGUGCGACCGAAUAACCCAUCUCCUCGCUCGCACAUUCUCCCCGCCCGCAGACCUUGAUCCACACGUUGACGCGUCUAACCCGGUCAAUCACCCGCUUUGGCACGCGCAAACCCGUCGAGCUUGCCUGUCAGCCAGCCAGCCAGCCAGCCAGCAGCCAGCCAGCCAGCACGGCCAGCGGUCGGCGGCAACGGCGGCGGUUGGUUGUCGCGGUCGGUCCGAGCCGCGCGCGUCGAGUGCCGGUCGAGCUUGAUCGAGCCUCAACCGCGUGUGCGUUCACGGGAGAAGUAUAACGCCAAGUGUCCGAGCGGAGGAGCUCUGUGCGGCUCUCUGCCGCUCUCCGCACACCCUCUCUCCACUCUUGUGGUGGUGUAUCUCUCGCAGCAUCGUGCGUACCUGCCUGCCUGUCUGCCUGCCUGCCUGCGUACACUUGCGUGCGUGUGGCAAACGCGCGGACCCGCAUCUCUCGGCGGCGGAAGCACGCAAAUCAAUUUCGCCAACUAUCGCGCGGCUGCAGAGAGGACUGUCGCCGCUCUGUCGUUCGUUUCUAUUUCGUCGGAACGCGAUCGUACGCUCGACACGUCGAUUGCACGGUAAUCAAGAGAGAGACAGAGAGAGAGAGAGAGAGAGAGAGAGAGAGAGAGAGAGAGAGAGAGAGAGAGAGAGAGAGGGGAGGGGUAGAAAAUUACAUUCCGCGCGGCCCCCCUCGUGUGGAGGCGCGCGCGUGAGAUGAUUGGUCAGUGCGGCCGGCACGGGCCGUAAUUAAUUUCUCCGCCGUUCGGGAUUAUUACGUCGCCCGGUCGCGCCGAUAUUAGGCAGCCGAAGGUCGUCACUCCGAGAAAGAAAGAAAAAGAGAGAGAGAGAGCAAAAGUGAAUUAUAUCGCGCGUGAGAGAGGUACAAGAAGGUAUAGCUUCGUACGAUCUUCUCCCCCUUGCACGCGCGAAUGAGCACGCGGAUACGACUCUCUUCGCAUUCGACGACACUAUCGUAAUCAGUUAAUUUCCGGGCGUUAAGCGGUUUCAUCGGCCGGCGAACUGGCGAUAUUCGGAAUACGCCGGGCGCGAGGUACCACCGUGUAUGACAAUUCGGCGGCGGCGUCGGCGGCGGCGGCAGUGGCAGCGGCAGGUGCGCGGGAUAAUCGCCGGCGGUGCUAUCGCGAUCAAUUCCUUCCCCGGGAGAGACCGUGGAGAGACUCUUCGCGCCUCUUCGUCGUUCACGGGCCAGUUGCAGGAUCGGGCUGCGGCACGCGAGAGCGCCGAGCGCAAGAAGAGGACUCGGCAGCGCGAUUGCGGAUCGAUAUACGGGGACAGAUAUCGCGCCAAGAGGAAGAGAAAAAGUUCACGCGGCGUGUCAUCGGCAAACAUUCGAGACGACGACGCCGGGCGACCUGCGAUUGCUAAAUUCCCUCUUGCCCCGAGGAUGUGUUAUUUCUGAAGGCACAGGUUCGCGCCGCGCGGAUCAAAUGCGCCCGCAAUGGCGACGGAAAGUGGGCCAGGUCGGCUGUCGGAGCCGGAUGUGGGGCGCCGAACGGCCGACGCGUACCGUAAUAGGUGCUCGAGGAUCGAACUCGUUUCAUAAAAAGACUUAACACUUACACACCUUUGCCUUCCGCUCUCUUACUAUAGGUCGUUCGUGUUCGUCGCUAAUUUUGACAAGUAUCGUCACUUUUACAAGUAUCUAUAAAAAUUACAAGUGCAAAAAUUAUUAAGUUAUUUUCAUGUACGCUUUAACAUGAAGAAAGUAUUUGUAUUGUUGUUAAUUAAAAAAAAAAGUGGACAUAAAUGUUACAACUAUUAUACUUGUAUAAUAUAACCGACAAAAUCAGAAAAAUACGUUUUCAUAUAAAAAUUCAUAACUUUGAAAUAAAAGUGAGGAAAAAUAGUUUCACGUUUUAAAGUCGACGUUCCAAACUACAAAAGCGAAAACAGUUCCAAUGUUGACUGUCUAAACGAUUUUAUUACUUUCAGUAAUCUGAAAAUAACGUUUUAUAAUACACAUAAAUGGUAAUAAAUUGAAGGUAGAGAAAAGUUACUAAUAUACCGGCAUACACUUUUCGGGUAAUAUUUCUUAAACAAAAGCUAAAAGUAAAACUUUAAGUAACAUAAAUGCAAGCUAGAAUGUGUCUUCUAUCAGAUAGUGUAGCAGUUUUUUAAUAUUUUUUUCAUAUUUUGUAAUAAUUAAUGUUUUCGCAACAUAGAACAGCGUUUGAAUAACUGGGAAUUAAAAUUGGCACGAUAAGUCAAUGGGAGAAUUUAGACACGGCCCCGUAGGGAAGAAGUUUAUUCUUUAUUUUUCACUAAAAUAAAUUCCAAAACCAAGUACAUUUUUAUGUAUCGAGUAACAAAAAUUGAAAAGCGUUUAUAAAAUUAAAUAGCUAAAACUAAACUUUCCAAUUUUAUACGGUUUUUUUGACACUUUAUUAAUAUAUGUGGAUCUGUUGUAUCUGACGCUAUUUUUUUCCUAUUUUCAUAAAACAUCUGUCACACAUCUGUAAUUAAGAGUUAUUAUCUAUUCUUACGGAGAGGUUUAUAUACGUUGCACAACGAUUUUAUGUUCCAAACUGGACUACAAAAAUAUAUAAACAAAAAAUAUAAACCAAAGGGUUUUAGUAAGUUACAAACAUGUAAAAUGAUUUAAUAUUAUCAAUCACAUGUACUAAUUAUUGUUUAAACUACUGCAAUUUGUAAAUAAAAAUUAAACAAAUUUUAUUUUUUCUUUUCAAGAAUUUGUUUUCAGCAGAUUUUAUAUAGAUGAAAGUCAUCUGAAUGUAUGAACAAUGGGUUUUUAUUUCUUCAAUUAUCCAUAAUAAGCAGAUCAUGUUUAUAUCAGUAUUAAUACAGUGCAACGUUUAGUUUCCGAGUAAUAAAGUGAUGUCGCUUUAGAAGGGCUAUGCUAGCUGAUAUUGGCGACUUUCCUCUAAUUGGAUUUACGUUUUAGUAGUAGUAAUAGUAGUAGUUUUAGUAGUUGCAAUAAGCAGGUGGGACUAAUAACAAUCCCUAAAGUCACCUAAAUCUAAUGAGUACCUUUGUGACUUCGGCCUGCUGGUUUUCGAGGUUAGCUCGUUCCUUUCAUCCCGAUGCCAUGCAUUAAGCUUGCAUUAGACUGCUCACUCUCUCUUCUAAUAGAGUUUUAGGCUCAAGAAGCAUGUAGUUAGGAUCUGUAUCUUUUGCAAGUGCGUGCAGGACAGCGACAUAAUAUGUGUAGGCUGUCCUCACUCUCUUCACCGCAAAAUCUGUAGUCCUUUUGACUCGGAGUUUUAUUCAAAGUUGUAAAAUUGUGUCUUGAAGGUUAUGGUCUGUAUAAAGACCAAUUCUCAGUCUCAAUUUACGUAUUAAAUGUAAUGCACCCUUUUUAAAUUAAUGUAUAAGUAUUACAAAAACUAUUUGCAAGAAACAGUUUGGAAUAUUAAUUAUAGGUAAUAUUCAAUGAUGAUUGUAAACGAAAACCAAUUGAAAAUACAAGAAAAAACAAAAAAAAGUUUUGUUGCUACAGAAAAUAUAUUUACUUUAUACUUGAGAGACAUCGCAAUCAACACAAUUCGUGUAAGACUACAUAAUUGCUACAUAAUUUGAGAAUAAUACUUUAUAUAAUAAAUACCUUAUAUAACAUUUUGUGAUAUUUUUAUCACAAUUGUUUGUAUCUAUUGCUCCCUUUUAUAAAUAUGUAAAUGCUAUUAUUUAUAUAACCAGUGCAGAUACUUCAAUACAGAAUUGAAUUAUUCUAUACAAACGUUAUAUAAAGAAGAGAAGAGAGUAGUUAUAUAAAUAUAACUAUCAUCGUUAUCUUUAAUAAAGUAUAAUAAUUUAUAAUAUAACUACAAGAGUGCACCAAGUUUCACGUUAUAUAAGAUGUGAUAUUGAAACUUAUUGCUAUUAUAUAGAGAGUACUGUGUCGCCUAAGACCUUGGAUCAUUUAUGUCUCAGGGUGAAUUUUCGAGGCAUCGUGGAUGAAGGACAGGCACGAAUCGAGAUAGCAAGCUGAUGUUAUUUGUCGUCACUUUAACGUCAAAAUAACAUCUUUGACGACAUCAAAAUGAUGACAAAUAACGUCAGCUUGCUACCUGACAACGUACUAAACCUGUCCUCUCGAUCAGAGAUACGUAGCUUGCGAACCGGAUCUGGUUCGCGAUAUUCAAACUUGACCUAUAGAAUUAAUGAAGAAUAAAUUAAAAUAUUAGCGCAUAAAGUUAAAUUGUUUUACAAUAUAUAUAUAUAUCGUAGAAUAAUAUAUACAAUGUUGUUUUAACAUAUAUAUAUUUUAUAUAUUUAUAGAGAUGUGCAAAUCACGCAUUUGUAAAGUUGAAUUAAAUCAAUCGAACCUUUAAUGACACGUUCAAAAUCGAAUUUGAAAUUUUUACGUCAAAUCGAAUCAAAUAGAAUCGAAUAUCUUCGAUUCAAAUACGUAUCGAAUAUAAAUCAAAUUUUCUUAGAUUUAAAUUGUCCUGUUAAUUUAAAUAAAGUAAUAAAAUAUUGUUAAUGACGUUACAGAUCCUUUUUAAUACAAGAGAAAAUUAAUUGCAAGCAUUUUAGAAAAUAAUUACAAAAAAUAUUGUACUAAGUAAAAAUUUAUAACCUAUACUAAAUAAGCGUAAGGAUACUGAUAAAUAAAUAUUAAAUACAUAUUGUAUGUUAUUAUCGAAAUAAUAUGCACUUUAAUACAAAAAUAUAAUGGAGCAAUUUUAAACUUUACAUUCUAAAUUCUAUAAAAUCUUAAUCUAUGAAAUGAAAUCACGUUAAAACAAAUUUACAAAGACGAUAAAAACAAUAGAAAAAUUUUGAAAAUCGAUAAACGAUCAGGCACGAGAAUUGAUAUGCACCGACGAGAUUCCGUUCUCGCGGAAGAUAUAAAUUAAACAAUUAAAAUAGACGAUCAAUUCAAAAUCGAAUCAUACAUGAUUCAAAAUUCUAGAACUAUUCGAUUUCGAACUAUUCAGAUUCGACAAUGAAUCUACUGUGAUUUGAUUUGAAUUUAAACUUAAUAGUUCAAAUUCAAAUCAAAUCACAGCGCAUUUUUAUAUAUUUAUAAAUUCUAUAUCGUAUUUAGCAGCUGAGACCCGCAAUAUAACUUUAAUAUUCAUAUUUUGACCCGCCAAAUAAAAAUCAAGUUUCCUGCCCCAGAUACUAAACUUUUUUUAGGGACAGAAUAGAGACUGUUGUUUACCCAGGUGUGUUCUUAGCCCUUAAACACAUCACUGGGUCUGGGAGACCUUGUACGAAAUUUCGAUCACUUGCUGUGUAAAGAGGGAAUGAGAUAGAAGGUUAGGGGGAGGGAAAAGUUAGUAAUCUUCGCUAUUGAUCCCAAUUUUGUUCAGCUUCAGAGCUCAACUAGAAUUCAAAUGGCACGGAAUUACGGUUUCUUGUCAUCAUAUUCUUCUCGUUACAUAAUUAUACUCUUUAAAAGAAAUGACAAUGGCAUAAUUCUGUCUUAAAAGUAUCUCUCUUUAACUUUAAAACGCUCUAUUAUAAAGUCCUUAAAACUUUCUCCGUUUAAUGGUUGUUCUUCAAUAACUUUACAAUAGAACAUUUUUCGGCAAUUCAUCAAUUUUGGCGGGACAAAUAGAAAUCUGAGACUUCAAACUUUUAUCAAAAAAAAAAUUUUGUUGAAAAAUAUUGAUUGGAACCAAAGUUAUGACUUCUCAAAAUUAGUAUUAAAAGAAAAGAGCGCAGGACGCCAAUGUCCCAAGUCCCACAAGGGGUGUGCAUUAAGUGUUAAUCUUUUUAUAAGUCAUUUUACGAGAAUCUUCUCUCGGCGAGAUACGAGCGGCCACAUUUGUCCAUGUGAACACAUGACAAACGCAUACGGGAAACGCGUCGCGAAAAUUAAGAUGCAACCGGGGGAGACGUCAGUUGCGGCAACGAUGAGGCACGAGCAACGUUAAGGUGCGAUCGUCUGGAAUGAAGCAUUGAGAUAAAGACCCCGCCCCACGCGCGCCUAACCCGAUGAGCUCGCGACGUUUAUGACGCGAUCUCGUCGGUAGCAGACCGCGAAGCAGAUCGGAAUUCGAAAUCGCGAUAAACGAUACAUAUAAGGUACGCGGCCCUAGCAAAAUAUCGGCAGCUCCCACUGUCGCUGUCGCUGUCCGCGUAUCUGAUGUCCCGCGCACAAAGCCCCGCGGGUUUCCGCGACAAACUGCGAUCUGUCCGUCUAACCUAACCUCCUAACCCCGCCGCCGUUGAGUCGCGGGUGGAAACGCGAAGUGUCGAUCGACUCUGCGCGCGAACACUUGGCGAAGAAUCACCGAUCGACCGUAAUUAUCGCGUGGUGAGCCGAGUCACGCUCCUCUUCCGAUCCCCCGCAGUGAGAUAGAUCGCGAACGCGGAACGUGCGCGCGCGUUACCACGCAGAAGCGAGAGCGAUCGUCGUAGGAAAUCGAUUGCGGGAUAUUCUCUCGCUGGUUGGGUACGUCGACGACGAGCGCCCAUCACCUUCCAGCGUCGUCCUCUCCUCCGCCGUCAUGCGGGCGGAAGUCGCAAGUGGACGUGCGGCGACGAGCGUCGCUCGGGGCUGCUGCUUCUCGUCGGGCUUGUACCCGGUGGUGAUCCGGUGGACGAGCAGGAGAUGAAAGCGCGCGUCGCGUCCACGUCGCGGGAUGUCGUCGGGACUGACCGGAUGAAGGGGAGAGGACGGGACGAGGACGGGACGAGGACAGCCGGGGAAAUGUCCGCGGCGAUCGGCGGCGCGAUCGGCGGCGCGAUCGGCGGCGGAUCGAGACGCCGCCGUCGCCGUUCGCUGAUGCUGUCGGCCGCGAUAGCCGCCUGCUGCUGCUGCUGGCUGCUGUUGAUCGGCGAGUGCGCCGGCCAGAAGCCGAUCAACCUCGGCGGCAGCAAGAAGCGCGACGUCUACAUCGCCGGCUUCUUCCCGUACGGCAAUCACGUGCCGGAGGGCCACAUCGGCCGCGGCGUCAUGCCCGCGGUGAAGCUCGCGGUGGAGCACAUCAACGAGCACCCGACGAUACUCAGGGACUAUCGGCUGCACAUGUGGUGGAACGACACGGAGUGUAGUGCCGCCGUCGGGAUGAAGGCGUUCUUCGACAUGAUGCACAACGGGCCGCACAAGGUGAUACUCUUCGGCGGUGCUUGCACACAAGUCACGGAUCCGAUAGCGAAAGCCUCGAAACACUGGCGCCUUACGCAGCUCAGCUACGCGGACACCCAUCCUAUGUUCACAACCAAUAGCUUCCCGAAUUUCUUUAGGGUCGUGCCAUCGGAAAACGCUCUCAACGCACCGCGAGUGGCGUUGCUUCUGCACUUCAACUGGACCCGGGUCGGCACGAUUUACCAGAACGAGCCCAGAUACGCAUUGGUGCACAAUCGGUUGGUGGCCGAUCUGGAUGAGAGCAAAAUGGAACUCGUGGAGACGCAAAGCUUUGCCAACGAGGUGACAACGGCGCUCGAAAAGCUCAAGGAGAGGGACGUGAGGAUCCUCCUGGGAAAUUUCAACGAGGUGUGGGCUAGACGGAUAUUCUGCGAGGCUUACAGGUUCGGCUUGUAUGGCAGAAAGUAUCAGUGGGUCAUCAUCGGGACUUACACCAGGGAGUGGUGGCUGCGCCCGGGUGGCGGCUGCGCCCCCUCCGAGCUGUCCGAGGCCCUUCACGGUGUCAUCCUGACGGAUCUGCUGCCGCUGACGACCGAGGAGCAGCACACCACGUACGGAAUUACCCCGGACCAAUAUAAGGAGGAGUACGACUCGAGAAGGGGCGCCGAGUACUCCAGGUUUCACGGGUACACGUACGACGGUAUCUGGACGGUCGCGCUGGCUGUGAAACACGUCGCGCGCAGGAUACGACACUUCCAUCGUAACCAGACUAUAUCCGACUUUCGGUACAGGGACGUAUUGUGGGAGAAGCUCUUCCUCGAUGCCCUCAGGAAUACAAGCUUCGACGGUGUCACGGGGCCGGUCCGCUUUUACGACAACGAGAGGAAAGCGUACAUACUUCUCAAACAAUUCCUAGACGGUCGCGAGGUAAACGUGGGCGAGUACGACAGCAUAACUGGAGUUCUGGAUCUGACUAGACAAGAAAUCCCGCUGUGGAAGGGCAAAUCACCGCCGAAAGACAGGACGGUUCGCAUUAUUGAGCAAGCAACAGUAGACAUCACGCUGUACGCGGUGCUAGCCUCGGCCGCUAGUGUCGGUAUCGUCUUGGCAUCCAUUUUUCUCGCCAUCAAUAUCAGAUACAGAAAUCAAAGAUACAUCAAAAUGUCAUCGCCCCACCUGAACAACCUCAUCAUCAUCGGUUGUAUGCUGACCUACAGCAGCGUUAUCUUCCUCGGACUAGACUCGCAAUUAUCGAGCGUGGCGGCGUUCCCGUAUAUCUGUACGGCCCGAGCGUGGUUAUUGAUGGCUGGUUUUUCCUUGGCCUUCGGCUCCAUGUUCUCGAAAACGUGGCGUGUACAUUCCAUAUUCACCGACGUGAAGCUCAAUAAGAAGGUGAUAAAGGACUACCAAUUGUUCAUGGUAGUCGGGAUACUAUUGGCUGUCGAUCUUACGAUCAUGACGACGUGGCAAGUGGCCGAUCCGUUUUAUCGGGCGAUUAAACAAAUGGAGCCCUACCAUCACCCUUCCAGCGAGGAUAUAAUAAUCAUCCCGGAAAACGAGUAUUGUCAGAGCAAUCAAAUGAAUAUUUAUCUGUUUUGCAUAUAUGCAUACAAAGGCCUUUUAAUGAUAUUCGGUGCCUUUCUGGCAUGGGAAACGCGGCACGUUAGUAUACCGGCAUUAAAUGACAGUAAAUACGUGGGAAUGAGCGUGUACAACGUUGUUAUAAUGUGCGUCACCGGUGCGGCUAUAAGCUUCGUGCUGACUGACAAACAGGACGCCAUGUUCAUAAUGUUGGCGGUGUUCAUUAUAUUUUGUAGUACAGCCACUCUUUGUCUGGUUUUUAUUCCUAAGGUAAUAGAGUUACGCAGAAAUCCACAAGGGGCGAUAAAUAAGCGGACCAGGGCGACUCUGAGGCCGAUGUUAAAAAUACGAAGGGACUCAACUGUCAGCGAGCUCGAUGAGCGUUUGAAGGAGGCGAAGUUGACAAAUAAAAAAUUCCGGAAGCAAUUGUUGCAAAAGGAUUCCGAGCUUCAGGGAUUUUUAAGGAGAAUGGGCGAGGAGAUAGAGAUUGAAACGCAAGAAACGGUCGACACGUUGCCGGUCCCGAAGCCGGAAGAGACCGUUAAAAGGGAAGGACCGUCGAUAACUACAGAGACGACCGAUGUUUCAAUGUCCAUGUGUAGCUUGAACUCGUCUACCGUUUCGCAGCCAGAGGGUGAUUACGUCAACGUAGAUCAAGUAGCAAAGAAGAGGUCAUCUCUUUCGAAGGCCACGUCAAUCAUCAUCGACAACGAAAGAAUGGCUAUGACGAGCCAGGCAAUCGAAGAGAGCUCCUCCCCGGGCGCUGAAGACCGGGUGGCGUUCGACGCGACGCCGCCGUCGCUAUCGUUAAUAACAACGACGUCAACGGCGCUAACAACGACGACGAUGUCGCAUACGAAGCAUACAUGCGGCGUGGACGCGUCGCGGCGCAAGAGCAUGCCCGACGAGGCUGCCAGGGACGGUGGCGAGAUGUUGUCGAAGCGUUACAGGAGCCCGGAGCCGCUACCGAGCGACGCCGGCGCCGUGACCACGCGCUACGGUGCUUUCGUGCCGCCGGUCGUUGAGGAGGGCGACUCCGUGAUCUUGGAGGAGACCGAGAUCGCCAGGCACGUGUGCCGCGUGAGGAGGAGGAGCAAGGAGGAGCGCAGGGCGAAGCUGUCGACGCCACCGCCGACCAAGAACGUCUCCUUCGGCGAGCUCCACGAGCAGAGCUACAUUGAACACGUCAUGCCGUUUUCGUUGCAAUACGUGCCGAAUCACCGGCACGGCGGGAAGUACGACGAGUCGAUGUCGACGAUCAUCCAGCGUUCUAUGUCGGAGCGUACGCGGGAGAAGUGCCUGCGGCUGCACAUCGGUGGCGGCCACCCCAUAGUCGAGUGUUCGCACCGCGUCGCUCGUCGCAUGUGCCGGCACGCGGGCUCGAAGCUGCGCCAUCAGGCACGGCUGGAGUACGUGCAGAGCACUCCGAAUGUGGCGACGAUGCACAACGGCAAGCACGUCGCGGCGAAUCCGCGCGAUGGAAGCGGCGACGUGAACGGUGGUUCCGCGGUGAACGUGUCGAAGAUGUACAGCGCCGUAUCGGACGGUGAACUGCUGGAUCUGACGAUUCUGCCGAUCUUUCAGAAGCUCCUCACCGAGCGGCACAAGAGCACUGCCAGGCGGGGCUAUCGCUCGAACAUAGCUAGUUGUCCGAAUAUAUCCAUCAAGUGCGACAUCGUCGAGUACCUCUAACGGCCAAGCCAGCGGCGGCGGCGGCAGCGGCGGCGGCCUGACGCUUUCUCCUCACCGCGCUGGCACGCGCACGCGAAAUCACGUUUCUCGUCACUCGGACUCGCCGAUCGUGCAGGAGCGUGCUUAGAUCGGCUAUCUAAGUUAAUUAGUUUAAUCUCGCGUUUCGCGAGCGUCUUUUAAAUUGUUGCGGCCCCGAGCGAGCGAGCGAGCGGUCGGCGAACGUUAAAUCGAACGUAUUUCAGCCGGUUCUUACUACUCACGUUGAUUUAUUUAUAAGGAUGACGAUGGACUUGGAAUACCGCUAUACCGCGCCACCGCAGCCGUGUUAAUUAAUUAUUCGUUCCGUCUCUCUCGCGUCCUCGCUCCACGGCACUUGAUAUAUAUACAUCCACGAUAAAGCGCGGACGAGGACAAAAAAAAAGAGAGAGAAGAAGAUAAUUGGGAUAACACAACGCUCUAGUAAUAAUAACGCUCGAAUCGUAUUAGCUCUCUCACUGAGACACGAGAAAGACGAACGGUCGACGAAUAAAGGUAAGACUUUUUCUAUAACACACGAGAGAUAUUUUCUAAAGGCGACGAUUAUUUAAGCGUAACAUAGACGGUGAAGCCGUAGAGGGAGAAAAUAAAGAAGAAAAACAAAGGUUAAAAAAAAGAAAGAAGAGGAAAACGAAUUCGAAGUUUAAUGAAGUCUAUAAUCGCGAGCUCGAAGACUCAAAGUCAGCUCGUCUCAUUCGUCGUUGUUUGGUUUAGACGUAAUCGGAGUAAAUGUACGGAUUUGCGCGCGAUAUUAUCGAGCACACUUAGUUACUUGAACGUCAGUCAAUAGAUCCUGUAUCUCAUUAGUGACGCAGCAUGUUACGCGGCAUAUAUACAAGCAUUGCGGUGAAGCAAAUGAGGGAAAAACUUCGUACCGGUGAAUACAGUACACGCAUUUUCGAGAGAGUAAGGUAGGGCAGGGGGAAGGGAGGGACGGGGGUUGUCUAUGCAAUCGAUAUAGCGUAUCGCUUUCGCGGGAAGGGGGGAAGGGAGAGUGCGGGGUUGGACCCUAGCAGCGAACAAAUAUUGUUUAAAUAUUUCCUAGUACGACCGAAGAAUAUUUUUGUGACGCGACUUUGAAACAUUGAACUAGUUCUAGUUAACGCGGUUAAUUAAUUAACGAAUAUAUACCUUCGAGAUAUUUACAAGACAAGUUACAGGAAAACAAAAAAAAAAAAGACGAAAGAUAUUUGUUAGCAGCGACAGAUCGGAAAGUAGAGUUAUCUGUUGAUUGUUAUAGCGAUUUCCAAUUUGUAAAGGAUUUUUCGUUUGUGUCCGUACAGCAUAGAAAGAUUGCAGCAACCUUGCAGAAAUAUUUUAUUGCAAUGUUACAAAAAUAUUGCAAAAUAUUGCUGCAAUAUUGGUAAAAAUAUUCAUCGUUAGAAAUAUUGCAGCAUACUGCGAUAUAAUAUUGGUGUUUCUGAUAAGAAAAAUAUGAUAGCAUUUUCGAUUAUUAUCAAUAAUUAAUAGUUUUAGCCAUGCAAAGCUAUCGAUGCUUUUUUACGACUAUCGAUAGUUUUCGAUAUUUUUAUUUUUUUCAUUACAAAUCAAUCAAAGAUUAGUAAUCACAGUUUAAAAUUGUCUCAAAUAGCAUUUGAAAAAUGUUAUUUUAUCGGUUGCGUUCAGAAGCCAAAACCGUUCAAUAAGAACUCAGUAAUGCGAUCAUUACGAUUGGUUUGUAUCUUUAAAUUCAGCAAGGAAUUAAGGGCAAGGAUCAAUCAUAUUAAAGAAUCGCCAGAACUCGUAUCAGAGAAUAGAUGCAUCUAGAUGCGCAACCGCUCACUGAGCGAUUAAUGUCCAUUUUUACCAAUGUAGAUUAAUUUUAAUCUCAAUUUAAUUUACUUCUUAUCCUUUUCUAGUUCUAAAAAUUAGAAAAAGAUAAAGAGUAAGUUAAACUGAGAUCAAAGUCAACCUAUAUUGAUGGAAAUGGACAUAAGUCGUAAUUAAAGAUGAUUGAUUAUCUUUUUAUAUGGCCUGUUAAAUUAUAUAAAUUUACAAAAUUAUUAAAUUUUGUAUAAAUAAAUUAAGAAUUUAUUUUUGUGCCAAGUUUUGGAAAAAUAACUCUUAAAAUUUUAUUAAUUUAUAACUUUUUUGAAAACUCUCGAAACUAUAAUUACAUUUUUAUUUUUAACAACUAAAAAGUCUUUUUAAAUACACAAUUCUUAUGAUAUUGUAACUAUCAAAAAUAAUCAAUAAAUUAUUGAGUCAAGUAAUUAACUAUCAGUAAUUAUCGAUGUUUGGAUAAAUACCGACAGUUUAAUUGAAUACUUGACGACUAUCUCCAUCUCUAAUUUCUGAUUUCAUCAAAUUUAUUAACACAUUUUGACAUAUAUACAAUAACUUCCAGGAGUGUCAUACAUAUAAUGAAAUAAUUUUUACAAAAAGAAAUAAAAAAAAUUGAUUAUAAACAUGUAUUUAUUUUCGUCUUUGAAUUAGGUUUUGGAAACACCUCAAAAAAUCAUUUUAUUAGAACAUGAGUGAAAAAUCUUAUAUCUACGUCUUUUAUUUUAUCUUGUGUAACUUUUAAUUACGAGAAGUAAACUAUUGUCAUGUCCAUCUGGUAGCGUGUACCGCUCACGGGUGAAUCAUGAGACAUUAGUUUUCACAGUAUUUUUGAUACGUUGAUGCAACUUUACUGAAGUAAUAUUGUAAAAUAUCUUUGCAAUGUUUUUGCAACAUUAAACUGCAAUAUGCAAUGUUACUGCAAACUUCUGUGCUGUAUGAGUGACAACGAGAACUCAGAAAAUGAGGAGGUUGCAUUUGCAAGCGUCUCCAUCGGCUAACAAAUGUUUUUCAAAGAGGGAGGAGAGAAAGAGAGAGAGAGAGAGAGAGAGAGAGAGAGAGAGAGAGAGAGAGAGAGAGAGAGAGAGAGAAAGAGCGUGUGAGUGCGUGUGUAUGUGUGUAUAUACAAUCUAUAUGAACUGUUGAAGCAAAGAUAUCGAGAGUAUGUUAAUUAGGAGCGUGUCCGUUCUCUCCUUCGAGCGCCCGUUUUCACGAGGCUCGCCAAAUCUCAGGCCGGAAGGCGGCAGGAGCGGUAUUUUACAAAUACUAAAAGUAAGUUUUCCCUCGCGUACAUUUCUAAAAUAAAUAACUAUGUGUUUGUAAAUACAUGUUACAAAGUAAUGUAUAUUCAUUGAAUAUUUCCUACACACACCCACACACACCCACCCACACACACACACACACACACACACACACACACACACACAGCGCGCGCGCGCGCGCGCGCGCACGCACACGCGCACGCACACGCACACGCACACGCACACGCACACGCACACGCACACGCACGCACGCGCACACGCGCACGCACACAUACACACGCACACACAUACAGACAUACACAGAUACAAACACGUGUACACAUACACACGUCUAACUCGGCGCGUCUAGCCAAUCCUAGGGAGUAAUUAUGUGAACGUUCACCAAGUAUAUUUCGUUCUCCGCUAGGGUGCUGUGUUCAAAAAUACCUCGAGGAGUGUAUGGCGGAGCAUGUUAAUAAAAUGCCUUCGGGUAUAUCCCUAGAACUGAUAAUUAUCGAAUCGAAUCGAAGCAGUGCAUGCAUUGUCAAUUGCUCCAUAUCCUUUCAUUUCUUUGUAAGGAGUAAUAAAGAAAGAAAAUUCGACGAUUCAUCGUGAAUGCGCGCACGGCAAAGGAGGUUUCUCCAGAAUAGAUCGAAUUAAACGUCUCUCGUCUGCUCUAAAACGGGGGUGAACUGUAUCCGAAUGCGAAGAGGGGCGGGGAAGAAGGGGGGGCGAGGAAAAAUGUGCGGUUGAAAGGUAAAGUGGAUACGCCACUCUUUUAUGCGAGUGAAAUUGAGUUUUCGUUAUUCCAACUUGCGAGUGAACUCAUUAAAAGUGGAGCUCGUCGAGUACUUCCGUGAGAGAUUCGCAAGUUUCCUAAGUUGCGGGGGUUUCCAGACGGCGCGGCCUAAGGACGACGUAACUUGUGACGUGUAUUCACGACCCGAAGUUAACGGCGAACUCUAAGAAGAAAGGGAUAAGAUCUCUUUUUCUUUCGCUGUUCUUUUAGCGCGACGCGCAGUUAGCCGUUCUCGUGUAACAGUACCCCGUUUUAUGGCACGAAGACGGAAGUCCGUCGUGCGGCUCGCGUUUAAAUGUAGAGACACAACGAUUGCAAAUUCGUCAAGGGCGACAUCGCGACUUUCAUCGGCGACGAUCUCGCGCCUUUAUACAUAAGCAGGCGGAACGGCGCGCUAAACAACGCGGUGCAAUAUUCAAAUAAGUUAAGGAUACAUUUAUUUCCGAUCGACACCGGUCGGUACGCAUGACGAAACACACUUUCGACGCAUUUAUACUCAUAUUCCUACUGUUAGAGCAUGAUCUUAAUAAUCCCGUAAUAAUUACGUAAGCCAGUGGUGUCGCCGGUAAAGGCAAAGCCAUGCCAAAAGUUUUUUACGAAUCGUUGCGAGAACAAGAGGAAAAAAUAAUAAAAAAAAAGAGAAGAAAACCCGACAGCAAUAUACAUAUAUACAUGCGACUAAAAUGUAUGCGUGCGUGCAGCGAAGCUGAAGGUGAUUAAAGUUUGAUAAGAGUGACAAAGCGCUCCUUCUUCGAGACGCAUACAUCACCGUGAACAUGUGGAUGUAUCUUUGUGAAAAAUGGGCGAAUUAAAAGUGAUCGACUGGAAAUUUUGUUCUGUAAAAAAAAAUAUCCGAUCGCCAGAUUUCGGAAACUGACGGGGAUAUUGGCCGGCUGAAACUUUGCCGCCGCUUUUUUUUUCAAACCACCUCUCUCUCUCUCUCUCUCUCUCUCGCAAAGAGAGAAAAGUUUCUUUCUUUUGAGAAAGUCUCGCGAUCAAUGUGAUUCAAGCACAGUUUUUAAAUUUUUAAUAAGAAUGAAAACGGAGUUAACACGAAUAUUUCGAAAACUCCAUUCCCGCCGAUUUCUUUUAAUUCAAGGAUCUCUUAUAGGAAUACCUUGCAAGGUUUUAUCAUCAGCAUCAAGCGUGCCCUAUUAACGUGGGAAUAACGACGCCAGGGAAACGAUCAAUAUUUGUUAACAUUGUUAUCGAAUUUUAUAUAUUAUUACUGUUUACAUUUCUCUACUUGUACAUAUAUUUUCGCAAGAGACAAUGCAUGUAUCGUCAAUUACCAUGCGUUCAAAAUAUAUCCAUCGUACCUCCAUUUCGAAGGAAAAGAACUCUGCAAAAAAUAAGUAAAUUCAAAGGGAUUGUGGAGGAGAGAGCCCAUCUCGCGCGAAUGAAAUUGAGAACACAGUGUCGUGUGGUUCCCGUCCUUUUAGCUCGCCUAUUUUUUGCAGUAGAAGAGUUAAAUAGUUUACGAGUGCACUUACGAGACGAUCGAGGCUCGUCGUAACGUGAGAGAUCGAUAGCAUGCCGGAUAAAGAUAGGAUUCUUACAAGUUACCGGGCACGUGUGAUAUCUUACUAUCUAAAGUCUAUCGAGGUAAUCGCUGCGCAAGGCGAAUUUUAAUGUUCACCGCUGUCUACUCUCAAUAAAGUGGCUGUCAUUCAAUAAA